CAGAACAUCCGGUUUGACUGUAUGGUUUCGUUAUCGCGAAGUCAGUGCUGGACAAAAGCGGAAGUGUUCUCAUAACCUCAACAUCUGAUGCUGUCUGAAUUGGCUCUGGAUAUACUUGAAGUAAACAGAAAGUAGAGGCAAGAGAUAUCUUUACUAUUAGUACGAUUUUUAUUUACGCCAACAAUAAGCAGCGAUCGAAUUCAGAGUCAGUAUUCAACUGAAUGGCUUUUUGCACGACGUAUGAGAAAUAUGGCUACGAUUCGAGCCGGUUUGAAAGUACUGUCGACGAAAAUCUGCACUGUUCUAUCUGCUACAAUGUUCUGAGAGAACCAAGAAUGUGUAGAAAUAAUGAACACAUCUUUUGUCUUGUCUGCAUCACCGAGCAUCUGACGGUAAAUCGGCAAAAUUGUCCUGAAUGUAACGAGCAUUUGACUGUGGAUACGCUUCGGCGACCGCGUGUUGUGAAUAAUCUUUUGUUAAAGCUAAAGAUUAAUUGCGAAUACGCAAGUCGUGGAUGCCCUGAGUUUACCUGUGUCGAAGAUCUGAAAACUCAUGUUGAGAAUUGUGGCUAUGCUCCUGUGUUGUGUUCAAACGAGAAUUGUGGUGAGAAGAUAAACAAACGAGAGAAGGCCCAUCACGAGACCGAAGUUUGUGGCUUCCGGAAAGUGGAAUAUCGCGACUAUGAACGAAUACAGAAAGCUGUAGAAAGAAUGGAAGGACGUCUGACGGAGUUGGAUGAAAAAAUGGAAUCUAACCGUAGCGAGGUUAGGAGCAAUCGUGCUGAAAUGGAAAAGAUUGUUGGAAAGUUUGAUGAAAUUAAACACGAAGUGAAGAAAGAAGUAAAAGAAAGUCUGAAAGAAGUCAAACUCGUGAUGAAUGAAAUGUUAGAAAAGUUGAAUGCGUUUCAACCAUUGAGCAAACUGCCAUCUUCUGCUGAAGGAAUGAUAAGUGAACACAAGGACGAUAUUUUGAUCGCAGGCGGUUAUGGAAUGGAUGAUGAACCCUCAGAAAUAUAUUCCUGGGUGAAGAAUGCUUGGUUUAACGUUUCGCCAAUGAAUAAAGAAUACGAAGGAGCGUCAUCAUUUAUCUGUGAUGAUAAGGUAUUUGUUGUCGGGGAGCAUAGGACAAUAGAUACAAUGGAUCUCAACGAGUUACAUUUGGUGAAAUGGGAGAAAUUUUUAAGCAAACUUCCAUGUAAAUAUGCUUAUCAUCAAACUGUUGUUUACCAACAGCGUAUAAUUCACAUUGGCGGGAAUAAUGAAGAUGAAGAGGAAUUGUGUAACGUUAUUGGUGAAUUACAACUUGGAACUCCUUGCAUCAUGAAAGAGUUAUGCCGAAUGCCCGAACCACGAGGCUGUCAUAGCGCUGAGGUAUUCGAAGAUAAAGUUUUGAUCCUGGGAGGACAGAAAUCGGAAUCUUGUGAAAGUGCUGUGGACAGUGUGUUUGAGUUCGACAUAAAGAAGAAUGAAUGCAAGGAGAUGCCACCAUUGCCACAUCCCGUCACGAGAAUGGCGACUGUUCGUUGGCAAGGUCAAGCCGUUAUUCUUGGCGGUCUCGGCAAAGAUGAAAAAGCUCUGAAUGCUGUUUUCAUGUAUGACUGCAAGACGGGCAAGAUCACGAACUUGCCAUUCAUGUUGCAGAAAAGAUACGAUUGUUGCGCGGUUAUUACUGGAAGUACAAUUGUUGUUAUGGGCGGUGUGGAUGAUGAUAGUGACGAACUUGAUUCAGUGGAGUGUUUUACUAUGGGAGCUUCUAAAUGGGAGUAUCUUCCUUCUAUGAAUUCCGCCAGGUCCAAAGCAUUUGCUGAACUCUUACCUUCCACGAGAAAAUAGUAUGCAUGCCUGAAUUUGACAUUUACAAUUACAAUAAAUUUUUGCGUUAGCUAGGUCGUUCAAAUUUAAAUAGUUUCGUUUGAAUUUCGUUGGAAUAUAAGCAUAAGCCCUUUUAGUUUUAAAAUCAUGGACAUGACAUGACGCUGAUGAUUACAUACAUGUUAUUCAAUAUUGUUAUUUAAACACGGUAUUACAUAAAUACGGUGUUAUUCAAUAUUGUUAUUUAAACACGGAAACAAGAUAUUUCUGAAUAAAUAACCUAUCCCGCAAAUCAAAGUGCCAUGUACUGGGUGUAUAAAAUAAUGCAAAACCUAAUAUUCGAAAAUGUUGUGUUGUUAAACAAAGUGGAUAUUUAUGAAUAUUAAGUAACACCCUGUAGUGUAUUUAUUACAUAGAAAAUUUUGCAGAUUCCAUUGUGUUUACGA